CGGAAGGAAUUCGCCUUAGAGUUUAGAGUCUGUUGUGAAGAAGAGUGAACGCACGACGUGACGAUGCCUGAACCUGCCAAGUCCGCUCCUGCGCCCAAGAAGGGCUCCAAAAAGGCGGUGACGAAGACCCAGAAGAAGGGAGACAAGAAGCGGCGCAAGAGCCGCAAGGAGAGCUACUCUAUCUACGUGUACAAGGUGCUGAAGCAGGUACACCCCGACACAGGCAUCUCCUCCAAGGCCAUGAGCAUCAUGAACUCCUUCGUGAAUGACAUCUUCGAGCGCAUCGCUGGCGAGGCCUCCCGCUUGGCCCACUACAACAAGCGCUCUACCAUCACCUCUCGCGAGAUCCAGACUGCAGUGCGCCUCCUGCUGCCGGGGGAGCUGGCCAAGCACGCGGUCUCUGAGGGCACCAAGGCCGUCACCAAGUACACCAGCUCCAAGUAAGCCUUGCAAGAGAGGCACCCAAGAACCCAAAGGCUCUUUUCAGAGCCACCCACUUCCUCUAUGAAAGAGCUGGAGGCACCUAACUGCCAUGAUCUCUGGGACAAAACUCAUUCCAAAACAAUACGCGUCUAAUAAAGCUGAUGUGGGUUCUCUUGA